UGGCACAAAGCUCACUGGAUGGGUAUCAUCAAUCGUCCGAGCUCUGAAAUAAGGACCUACAUCUGCGACAGCCUUGCCGCUCAAACCCUAGAAACCGAGCCAAUGCUGGUAGCUUGGAAGCAGCGGAUGAUAGUUGGUGGCGCGCAAUUCUUUGCUCCAAACAGUAUGCAACGCGACGAUGAUGAAGGUUGGUGCUGGUACGAGGAGGAUCCCGAGGUUUGUACACCUUUUAUUUGGGACGUUUUUCUGGACUGGAGGAGCAUGCAACUCUGGUUUGAUACCUUAGGCCAGGAAGCGAAAGAGUCAUUCCAGCAGUGGAUCAGCGGGUGCUGGGAUAGAGAAGACUUUGUUUUCCUCACGGGAAACCAUGAGUUUUGCAGUAAGGUUAUGCUCAAGGAGGUGCCGAGGGAGGAGAUUUAUUUCUUUAUUAAUGGGCUGGCCAUGGAAUUUGGUGUGGAUUGUAGAUAUGUUGGCAAAGACCAGGAUGAACCCACGGUCUUACAGCUUGAAUGGUCCAUUUAG